AUGCUCAACGAUCUUUCCGUGCGUGCUAUUGAUGAGGAUAAGCUAUCUGAUUGCAGCGGUUAUGACAUCCUUGCGGGGGAUGCAUCAAAACCGUUCGAAGAUGAAUACUUGAUUGGUGGCGCUUUUUCCGAACCUGAAGUGCUUCCAAGCCUUCAACAUCAAAGGUAUCGUCGCAGAAGACGUGCCCGCAGACGGUGGGGUGCAGACCGAAGCCAACGCACUGUCAUAGUGGUAAAACAACCUAAAAUUGACCUUGAUAAAAUCAUGGUUGUCGCCUUUGGUAAGAUUCAUGCGAUUCUUACUGUUAAGGAAUCCGUUGCCUUCUAUAUGCCACCCCAGGAAGAUGAAAGCAAAGACGUGGGUAAAAAGACAACUAAUGGCGGGAAGAUUGGAAAUAUUCUUAAACCUUAA